AUGUCGGAGCAACUCCCCCAAGAUCUUCAGAUUGACAUCCUGGUAAGACUACCCGUGAAAUCACUUUUACGAUUCCAAUGUGUUUCCAAAUCGUGGAAAUCUUUAAUCCGUAGCCCUGAUUUUAUUUCCAUGCACACCAACCACAAUGAGAGCACCGACAAUUAUGCCCACUUAGUUCCGGGGUGCUUAUAUCGGACUGGUAAUGAGGAGGAGAUAGACUUCAGAUGUAAAUUACGCCAGUUCGACAAUUACUUCCGUGAGCUUCAAAAAAUUGAAUUUCCAUCUCUGACUAAAGCUAAAUGUUUUGAUGAAGUCCUUGACUGUAAGGGAUUGCUACUGUUGACCAAUCGAUUCGUAUAUGAUGGUGAUCGUUUUGAACCCUUAAUUCUAUGGAACCCUGCAGCUAGACUGACUAUGACUCUCCCUUCGCCUUGCAUUGAUAUACCCAACAGCAACUACUUCUACUACAACUACUGCUGUACUCACGGGUUCGGUUUUGACGAUAAAAGCAAUGAUUACAAGGUGCUGAGAAUGGUGUAUGAAUAUAAUGGUAGAACGAUGGCGGAACUGUUUAAACUCCAUACAGGCGCUUGGGAGACUGUCAGUGUCAUCGACGACUUUCACUAUGUUAUAGCUCGCAAGCUUUCGUAA